CCAGAGAGGGGAGGUGUCGCUUUAAUUAGCGCUCAUCACCACUCCCUCGCCUCGCAUCAUAACAAGUGUCCCUCCUCCUCCUCCCCAGCUCUUGCAUCCGGAAGCAAACUCGGUCGUCGUCGUCCUCCUCCUCCUCCCCCUCAGCAGAAUGCAAAGAGCAAUUCAAGCUAUCGGGUCACAUGGCAGUCUGCUCAAAUCUGCUGUUCUCCGACACAUCAGUGCUCCAAAACCAGCUAUGUUACCUGCUGUAUACUCACGCUUCAUGUCAGUUUCAUCGGCUCAGAUAGAGGAGAGCGGAUUUGAGACUGCCACUGUGGCAGAUAUUUUGAAGUCUAAGGGGAAGAGUGCUGAUGGAUCUUGGCUCUGGUGCACCACUGAUGACACUGUCUAUGAUGCUGUCAAAUCUAUGACACAACACAAUGUGGGAGCUCUGGUGGUGGUUAAACCUGGACAAGAUAAAGUAAUUGCUGGUAUUGUUACUGAGAGAGAUUACCUCCGAAAAAUCAUCGUGCAGGGACGAUCUUCCAAGUCAACUAAAGUUGGAGACAUCAUGACUGAAGAGAACAAGCUCAUCACAGUGAAACCUGGGACUAGAGUCCUGCAGGCAAUGCAGCUGAUGACAGAGAAGCGCAUCAGGCACAUCCCGGUGAUAGAGGACGGCACGGGCAUGGUGGGCAUGGUCUCCAUCGGCGACAUCGUCCGCGCGGUGGUCAGCGAGCACCGGGAGGAGCUGAACCGGCUCAACGCCUACAUCCAGGGUGGCUACUAGGAUGAUGCAAGGCUGCCUCACUCUUCCAAUAAUGAACGCUCUGGAUGAUGACGAAAUGGGCCGCGUCUCUCCUCCUUGGGAGGAAAUGCUGCCGGAUGGUUUCUGCUGUUUCUGCUUUGUUUUCGCGUGUAUAUUAUCCGUUUUCGUUUCCAUCUAAUGGGUAGAAACACCGAAUAAAAAGAACCGUGUGCACCGUCUUCUGCACCCUUGAAGACGAGUCUUGAUGUUUAAUUAGAUGGAUUUGCCGCUGUUGUCCGGCAACCC